AUGGAUGCAUCACUUCAGUCGACCACAAAUUCCUUAACUAUGCCCAGUGUGAUCGGAUCACAAUGUGAACAGACGAGUACCGCGGAGGCGAUCGUGUCUGCGGAUAUUCCAUCCGAUGCGGGUCUCGAAUUUACCCGCUGGGCGGGGGAGAUUCGUCGGUCAUUAGCAGAAGUUCGACCAGAUAUUCCAGGGGUGAAUUUAGAACUUAUUGAUCAGUGUGAAUCGACUUCAGUCUCUCCAUCCUCGGCUGGCGCUCCUUCACCUCCACAUCGAGAAGCAAAACACUCACCGUCCCCUCCUGACCACUCUGCAUUUCAUCUGAAUUUCAAGCAACGAGACGAGACACAAGAAUCUUUCCCUUGUGUGCCCACAUUUUCCUUUUCGCCUGUGGUGAAAGAUUUGGAUUUCGGGGUUUCUUUAUCGUUCGGUCCAAUGCUCACGUCUACUCAACAACCGGACGAAUUCGAUUGGGACAAAGAGAACCUGUCUGACGUUUCACUUGACUGGAAUGGUGAACUUGCUGGGACAAGUUUGCCAACUAGUCGACCAGUCAUUUCAUGGCCUGAGCCGGUCCCUCAAUUUGCAUCCCGUUCCGGUAAGCGCUUGUCCGCUCCGGAUCGUGAUGAGCAUGACGAAGAAGGCACCAAACGUCCAGUAACAGCUGAGUUAUGCAGCAAGAAAAAUACAAUUGAUCCGGAUUUCCGAGUUCCGGGUCCUGCAGUGUCGGAUUGGAAAGCACGCGCCUCCUCAAAACUCGUACGAUUCAGUGCUCUCGGUUCGAUGAACUUACCCGAAAUCCGGAAUGCCGAUUGUUCUACCCCAAGUACCUCCGUGACACUUACAGCUCAACCAAUCCCAACAGUUUCCCGGUUUGGGUUGAAGCGCUUGUGCGAUGUACAGUUAACCAAUGAGGACUUUGAGAUUGACUUAUAG